GCCCGGCCUGGCCCUGAGUGACCGCCCGCCGGGCAGCGCACGGGAACGAGGACUUCGCCUGCGGACUCAGGCAGCGCGGGUUGCAGCUCCCGGCUCAGACCGAGGCUCACUCGGCCGGGGAGAGGGUCGCAGGAGCAGUGGGCCGAGGGGUAGGGCUUGGGGUGCAGGGAGGGCCUCGGGUCUUGGGCUGGGGGUGCAGGGCUGGGAGGAGGGCGGGGGCGCCAGGCGGCUCCGGGGAGCCCAGGGGCAUGGCACUGCCCGACGAUGAGGAGGGGACAACGGUGGCGAACGGGCACCCGCCCGCGAACGGAUACCUCCCGGUACCGGGGGACGCGCCCGCUGGAAAGGUGAGCGCGGAGACGCAGAACGGGCCCAAAGCCGGCUGCCUGGCCCUGAAUGGGGUCUCUCGGGACAGCCCCAAGGCCGCCUCGGGAGCUCUGGACAGGCCGAAGACUCCGCUGGCCCCGGAGGAGGAGACCCAGGCCCGGUUGUUGCCCAAGGACCCCGGCGAGCAGACGCCGGCGGUCGAGGGCACCCUGGUGCCCCGGACUGCGCUCUCCGCGCGGCGCUUUUUGGUGCUACUGAUCUUCAGCCUAUACUCGAUGGUGAACGCGUUUCAGUGGAUCCAAUACAGCAUCAUCAGCAACGUUUUCGAGGGCUUCUACAACGUCUCCUCGCUGCACAUUGACUGGCUGUCCAUGGUAUACAUGCUGGCCUACGUGCCCCUCAUCUUCCCGGCCACCUGGCUGCUGGAUACCAGAGGCCUGCGGCUCACCGCCCUGCUCGGUUCCGGCCUCAACUGCCUGGGGGCCUGGAUCAAGUGCGGCAGCGUGCAGCAGCAUCUCUUCUGGGUCACCAUGUUGGGCCAGUGCCUGUGCUCUGUGGCCCAGGUGUUCAUCCUCGGCUUGCCCUCCCACAUCGCUUCAGUGUGGUUUGGGCCCAAGGAGGUGUCCACAGCUUGCGCCACCGCCGUGCUAGGUAAUCAGCUUGGAACUGCAGUUGGCUUUUUGCUGCCACCAGUUUUGGUGCCGAACACACAGAAUAACACACAACUGCUGGCUUGUAAUAUCAGUACCAUGUUUUAUGGAACUUCAGCUGUUUCCACACUUUUAUUUAUUUUAACGGUAAUUGCAUUCAAAGAAAAACCUCAGUAUCCACCAAGCCAGGCUCAAGCAGUUCUCCAAGACAGUCCCCCUGGAGAGUAUUCCUAUGGGAAGUCAAUAAGGAACCUAUUUAAAAAUAUUCCUUUUGUCCUUCUAUUGAUCACUUAUGGUAUCAUGACUGGAGCAUUUUAUUCAGUCUCAACAUUAUUAAAUCAAAUUAUACUGACAUACUAUAAGGGAGAAGAAGUGAAUGCUGGAAGGAUUGGGCUAACGCUAGUGUUAGCUGGAAUGGUGGGCUCUAUUCUUUGUGGUUUAUGGCUGGAUUAUACCAAAACAUACAAACAUACUACUUUGACAGUUUACAUUUUGUCUUUUGUUGGAAUGGUUAUAUUUACUUUCACACUAAACCUUGGACACAUUAUCAUCGUAUUUGUCACUGGAGGGUUGCUUGGUUUCUUCAUGACUGGUUACCUCCCCUUGGGUUUUGAAUUUGCUGUUGAAAUCACUUACCCUGAGUCUGAAGGUACUUCAUCUGGUCUUCUUAAUGCUGCUGCACAGAUAUUUGGAAUUUUAUUCACAUUGGCGCAAGGAAAGCUCACAUCAGACUAUGGUCCUAAGGGAGGGAACAUCUUCCUCUGCGUUUGGAUGUUUGUAGGCAUCAUUUUAACAGAGUCCCCUUGUCAACAUGAGAGACAGAAGCCAUGGAGAUUUGAAGAGGGAUUAUUUUUUUGAUCUGCUAUAACUUGAUUCAAGGAUAGAAUCUAACAGAAAGAUAUGAAUCAAGGCUUCUUUUUAUAUUCGUUGAAUACCUGAUCAUUCUUUUUGAAACCCCCAAUAUGAUAAGUGCUUACCAGUGAUAAGCACUUAUUUUGGAAAUACACAACCACCUAAGGUCACUAUCAUUCAUUCAUUACACUCAAAGGGACUAAAUGUACCAUUUCCUCAAAGAAAAACAUCCUACCAUGGAAGUGUUUUCUUCUUAUUCUCUUCAGUUAGUAAAACAAAGCGUACAAAACUGAAUGUUCUGUAACUGAAUGUAUGUAAUUUAAUACAUUAACUGUCUUAACUACUGAUCUGUCAUAAAUAAUUCCAUAUUUGUUCUUAAUUUCCAGGGAAGUAACACCUAGCUAUCAAAUAGAGUGUUUCUGUUGCACCAAAAAAGGGAACAGUUUUGUGUUCUCUUUUCACAUUAUCUUAUAGUAAGAUUCAUAAAUGUUCAUUCAAACAGGUGAAGUACAGAAAAUUAAUUAAGAAGUGAAAAAAAGAUCUUUAAAAUUAGUUUUACAUUGAUACUUUUGCCACCUAAAAAUGCUAAUUAAUGUCUCUCAUAUGUUGAAUGUUUUACUGGAGAGAGAUGAUGGAUUUAUAUCCAGUAGUUAUUUGUUUAGACAGAGGAAAGAAGGCUGGGAAAUUCCUGAGGUGUGGUGAAGGUGGUACCUUUUCUUUUUACAUUUUUUUGAGAAUUGUUGGCAGGUCUUGUUUUGACAGGGGAAUUACCAUUUAAAUGCAGUACAUUCUGCUUUUCCAGUAUUGACAGCUCUCUGUAAAGUCUAUUAUAUAGGCUCCUUAGCCCAUUUAUGUCCAUUGAAAAAAGUGUUUCUAAACACUUCACAGUGUUUCUAAAUUCUAUGAUUAAUAUUAAUGGUAAAGAAAUCCACAGUUUCCCCCUAAGUAGCCUCUUUGAUUUGGUGGAUUGUACAACAGUGUCGGGCGGAUCAGCCGAUAUUGAUCAUUGCUGCAAUUUAAAGCAUGACGUUUUAAUAUCAAGCUGCUUGUAAAUAUGAGCUUGUUAUACAACAUCACUUUAAAAUCAUUUAAAUGCAUUCAGAAAGGCCAUUUUACAUAUGUCCAAUUAGUUCAGCGUAAAUAUCUGAAUUUCUAAAAUAUUGGUAUCAGUAAUGGAACAGAAUUCUAAGGGGCAGUGUGGAUUUCUAAAGAAGCAUUAGUCUAAUUUUUAAGACUGGUUUUACUUUCACCUUUCAGACUUUGCCUUAUGACUGAUUAGAUUAGUUAACUACCCACAAACUUUUAUCUUUUCUUGUUUUACACUCUCUUUGUGCAGUCUGUGGCCUUAACUACCACAUUAAUCUGUACCUCCAGACCCUGAUCGCUUUUACACUUCAGACCAAUAUGUCUAAUCAUCUAUUUAUCUCUGGACCUGGAUGUCCCAUGGGAUUUUAUACUCAACCUGUGCAAAACUGAACUCACCACCUUCCCAAGCACACCAGUUCAUCUUGUAUUUUCAGUUUCAAUAACUAGGACCUCCAUCCAUUCAAUUGUCCAAGCAAGUCACCCACUUCCCCCUCCCUAAUCCCCGUUUUUCAUAUCCUAUCAAACCACUGAGUCUUUUUUAAAAAAAUAUUAUUUACUUAUUUAUUUUUUGGCUGCGUUGGGUCUUAUUUGAGGCACGCGGGGCUUCUGCUGAGGCA